AGACGCGCGCGGAACCCAUUUUUUUUCACUCCGCGGAGUCCAUGAUUUUGUGUUUACUUUGUUUACAUCGAUUGUUGUUGUCAUUUUUUUCGAUAAAACGGGGACUUUUGUUCAUUAUGCACUGAGAAUUUUUGGAUUUUGUAGUUUUUCGAUGCUAGUGUUGACAUUUCGAUGUCAUUUUUCAUGAUGACAGCAUUGCAAUGACAGCAGUUGCCUAUUUUUCAUGAGUGAAUGUUCAAGUUUGCAUGAUUGAUUCCAAGUGAGUGCAGUGAUUCUGGGAUUUUUUAAAAUUUCGGAGCAUAAUUUUGGUUUGAUUGGAUACUUUCCACUUGGGGGUACACGGAAACCGUCAAUCGUCGUAGAAACGAAAAACGUGGAAACGUGGAGAGACAUGAUCGUCUACUGGUAGUUAAUCAGCCAUGGGGAUGCGAGAGCAAAAUAUAUUUAACAACGUUAAUGAGAGAAAUUCGCCAUUGGUCAGGGAUCAAAGAAAUAUUUACGCACACGAGAUUAAUCUUGAGAGGCCGGUGGAUUGUGGUGAAGGGGCAUGAGAGCUCAUCAUGUUCAACCAGCGACACGAGCCACCACAGGCACUGUCGACAACAAUCUACAAAUGCCUCGUGAUAGGCUUUAUCGUUAUCGUUGGUAGCAACUAUGUCACGGCUGAUCUCAGUUCAGAGUUUGUCAAAGGAAAAAUAUGCAUUGGAACAAAUGGACGUAUGUCGGUACCAUCGAGCCAACACCAUCACUACCGCAAUCUGCGAGACAGGUACACCAACUGUACCUACGUCGACGGUAAUUUGGAGAUUACGUGGCUGCAGAAUCAAACAUUUGACCUCAGUUUUCUCCAGUACAUUCGAGAAGUCACGGGUUACGUGCUCAUUAGUCAUGUCGACGUUAAAGUCGUUCUACCGAGGCUCCAAAUUAUCCGAGGACGUACACUCUUCAAGCUCAACAUUCACGACGUCGAGUUUGCACUACUGGUUACAAUGUGCAAUAUGCAUGAUCUCGAGAUGCCAGCACUCAGGGAUAUUCUCAAUGGGAGCGUUGGAAUGUACAACAAUUACAAUCUGUGUCACAUCAAGACAAUCAAUUGGGACGAGAUAAUAACGGGCAUCGGUGGAAAAUACGUCUACGUAUACAAUUUCACGACACCUGAGAGAGUAUGCCCAGAGUGCCAUAAGAAUUGUGACCAGGGAUGCUGGGGUGAGGGACCAGAGAAUUGUCAGAAAUUCUCUAAAACCAAUUGCUCACCGCAAUGCUGGCAGGGCAGAUGCUUCGGGCCAAAUCCCCGCGAGUGCUGUCACCUUUUUUGCGCCGGCGGUUGCACUGGCCCCAAACAGAGUGACUGUCUUGCCUGCAAGAACUUCUUCGACGAUGGUGUCUGCACGCAGGAGUGUCCACCAAUGCAAAAAUACAAUCCCACUACGUACUCAUGGGAACCCAAUCCCGAUGGGAAGUACGCUUAUGGCGCGACGUGCGUGAGAAAAUGUCCAGUUCACCUGUUGAAGGACAAUGGGGCAUGUGUCAGAUCGUGUCCACCAAAGAAGAAGGCACAAAAUGGUGAAUGCGUGCCCUGCGAUGGGCCCUGUCCAAAGACAUGUCGCGGUGGCGACAGAGUGCAUUCAGGCAACAUCGACAGCUUCAAGGACUGCACGAUUAUCGAGGGCUCAGUCACUAUUUUAGACCAGACGUUCAAAGGAUUCGUCGACUUCUACUCCAAUUUCACGACUGGCGAGAAAUACGCGCCCAUGCACCCGGACAGACUAGAAGUCUUCAGCACACUCCGAGAAAUCACUGGAUUCCUCAACAUUCAGGGGGACCACGCGGACUUCAAGAACCUCUCCUACUUCAGAAACCUCGAGGUCAUAGGGGGUAGAACACUGACUGAAUACUUCGCAUCCCUCUACAUAAUCAAGACCUCGCUCACCUCACUGGGCCUCCAGUCCUUGAGGAAGAUAUACUCAGGCUCAAUCGCCAUUUUGGAGAACCAGAAUCUGUGCUAUGCGCAGAGCAUCGACUGGCUGAAGAUCAGAAAGUCCCAGGAGCACAUGAGCCUCUUAUCCAACAACAAGAACGAGUCUUUGUGCAUCAAGGACGGCCAAAUCUGCGAUAAACAGUGCUCUCACGAGGGUUGCUGGGGCCCUGGACCGACUCAGUGCCUCUCCUGCAAAAACUUUAUACUGGGAAAUGUUUGCUUGGAGAACUGCAAUGCUCUACCUGGAAUUUACCAAGCAGACACAAAGACCUGCAAGCCCUGCCACGAGGAAUGCGCGGGAACCUGUGUGGGUCCACGAGCUGAACACUGUACCUCAUGCAAGCACUUCCGAGACGGUCCAUACUGCGUUCCCCACUGUCAGCAAACUAAAUACGAGCAGAAUGGACAAUGUAAAACGUGUCACCCGACGUGUGUGGGUGGUUGUACAGGGCCUGAGAAUAAAAUUGGACCAGGUGGUUGCAAUAGCUGUGAGAAAGCCAUAAUAAAUGGUGAUGUACCAGGGGAGUGUUUGCAGAAGCGUGAUCCAUGUCCAGAUGGUCACUACUACGAGUGGAUUGAUCCGCAGGAGCAGGGGCCGUUGAAGGCACUCGCUGGCACUGGGGCCUGCAAGAGGUGCCACCCACGUUGUAAAAAGUGCACUGGCUAUGGGGUGCAUGAGCAAGCGUGCCAGGAGUGCGUCAAGUUCAAACGGGGGGAGCACUGCGAGGACGAGUGUCCAGCUGAUCAUUAUGUUGAGUCUGACACUCAGCUUUGUAUCCCUUGUGCCUCUGAAUGUCGAAGUUGCUAUGGGCCCGAGUCGAAUCAGUGCUAUGAGUGCAGGAAUUUGAGGCUUUAUGCCACUGGUCAUCCUGUGGAUAAUACGACGCUGUUUAACUGCACUGGCUUCUGCCCAGCGGAGUAUCCUCACAAGGUUUAUCCGGAUGAGGGAGAACCUUACUGCUCUGCAGCUCCAAUCCCCGGGUUUCAGUUGGAGAAUGAGAUACAGCCGGCGAUUCUCAUGGGGGUGGGGAGCAUUCUGGCGGUGAUUUUGGGGGUGAGCGCUAUAAUCAUGUGGCAGUGGAGACUGAGGACGAAAGCCAAAGAGAAUACAGUGAAGAUGACGAUGGCACUGACUGGGCUGGACGACAAUGAGCCACUGCGUCCAACCGGUGUCAAGCCGAAUCUUGCCAAGUUGAGGAUUAUCAAGGAGGAGGAGAUGAGGAAGGGUGGGAUACUCGGUUACGGUGCCUUUGGGAAUGUGUACAAAGGGGUUUGGGUGCCUGAGGGUGAGAAUGUCAAGAUUCCAGUGGCCAUCAAGGUACUUCAUGACAGCACUGGUGCCAAUACGUCGAAAGAAUUUCUGGAUGAAGCGUACAUCAUGGCUAGUGUUGAGCAUCCGAAUUUACUUCAACUCCUCGCGGUCUGCAUGACCUCCCAGAUGAUGCUGGUGACUCAGUUGAUGCCACUGGGCUGUCUUCUCGAUUUUGUUCGCACCUACAAGGACAAAAUUGGAUCCAAACCUAUGCUCAAUUGGUGUACACAAAUAGCGCGUGGUAUGUCGUAUCUGGAGGAGCGAAGACUCGUUCAUCGAGACCUUGCAGCAAGGAACGUCCUGGUUCAAACUCCAAGUUGCGUGAAAAUCACGGACUUCGGUUUAGCGAAAUUGCUAGACAUCAAUGAAGAUCAGUACAAGGCUGCUGGAGGGAAAAUGCCCAUCAAGUGGCUGGCACUCGAGUGCAUUCAGCACCGGGUCUUCACUCACAAAUCUGAUGUUUGGGCGUUCGGUGUCACCAUCUGGGAGAUUUUGACCUACGGUGGGAGGCCCUAUGAACAGAUUCCUGCGCGAAAUGUUCCAGAAUUCUUAGAGAAAGGCGACAGACUACCCCAGCCAGAAAUCUGCUCAAUCGAUGUCUACAUGAUCAUGGUCAGUUGUUGGUUCCUAGACGCCGAAGCGAGACCGAGUUUCAAAGACCUCUCCGACAAUUUCGCCAAAAUGUCGAGGGAUCCUGGCAGAUAUCUCGCCAUCGCAGGAGACAUGUACAUGCGGCUGCCCUCCUACACCCCCCAAGACGAGAAAGAGAUGAUCAGGAACUUGGCUUCCGCCAUGGAUGGUCCAGAGGCCCUUCUCGACAUCGACGAGUACCUCCAGCCGAAAUCACGAGCCCCACUGCCCCCUGGUCUCUCCAACUCCAGUCUGUCUGGAUCUCCCCCGAGUACACCCCUGAAAACCUGUUGGCCGAAUGGAAUGCCUUCAGUGCCAACCGACUCACCGACCCCUCAGAACCAGCAGAACUGGGACAGAGAACUACUGAGGUACAACGCAGCACAUGCUGCCACCAGUCAACAACCCACCGAGCCCAACAAUUCCGCUCAACACCCUCACUACUCACGUCCCACGAGUCACUGCAGACCAGUCAGUACUGCGGAUGGUUCGAACCGCAGGUAUUGCUCGGACCCUCUGAAGAUGGUCGGCGUCAGAGAUUGCGACGUAACGGACGACUGUUUCACUCCUGAAAUAGUACCAGUUCAGCAGCAAGCGCAAAUAGGCAAUCUCAAGCUCGAUCUUCCACUGGACGAGGACGAUUACCUAAUGCCAUCCCCCCAACUACCUGCCAAUGUAUCGCAAUACAUGGAUCUCAUCAGCGAUGCCAAGCCCACUGAGUCAGAGCCAAAGAAACUGCCCAAUGGCUACAGGAAGUACCCAGAGUUCCUGACAAUUCCUGGAAAAACCUCCCUGGACAAUCCUGAAUACAUAAUGUCCCAGGACGAGCCUCCACUGACUCCCCAAACUAUCGGAAUUCCAACCCCUGAUCUCGACAAAGUCCUGACUAACGGUGCGUUUGGAGGGCAAGUGAGGCAGAGGAGUUCAGAAGAGGAGUCUGAUCACGAGUAUUACAACGACUUCGAUCGACUGAAGAGAGAACUCCAGCCACUCAAACCACUGCGAAAGAACGAAACAACUGUUUAAUAAAUUUGUGCAUAGUUUUUUUAGACUACAUUGUUAGAAAAAUGUUGAAAUUUCGGGGACAAUUGAUUAGUAAUUUUCGGGAGACUGACAUUGAAUGGUGAAAUUUCGGGCUUCACUGAAAAUUCAAUGAAAUUCCUAAUUUUCAAACAAAAUGAACAUUCAGGACCAAAUGAUACUGAAUUCUCCUUAUCUCCAUUGAUCUUCAUGGAAUAAUUGAACUGAAAUUUACAAUUUCCAUUGAUUUUUCCAUGAAGUAGCACGUUUUUAAUAACGAAAUUAUUUGAAAUUCUGGUGGAAUUGUAAUGUGAUAAAGGCUUCCAAGUGUACCGGAAAUUUCAGUAGAAAAAUUUGAACAGUGUAGGUCCAAAGUACUUAGGAGUGACAAAACAACUCGCCAAUGUGAUUAAUCUUAAAGCGAACAAAAAUGUAGAGAAAUUAUUUUUGAUGAAUUUUAGUGCAAAAAAGGGAACGAAGGGUUUCUUAAUGUGCCAUGGACCUGUGGCUUGUAAAUACGGAUUCUAAUGCGAAAAUGCAAUUGAUCAUGAAGAGCUAAUACUUGCAUUUCGUGAGGUGUUUGGACACUGUUUAUACCACGAGUGAAUAAAUCGUGGAGAUUGCAUUUCAUAGAAAUGAUUUUAUGUUAUCGACGUAACAGAGGUUUCUACAACGAAUUAAUUGUACAGAUAGCCUCUUGCGGGCCACCGCUGACUGUGAUAGGAUAAACAAAAUCAUGACUUAAGGAAAAAUUAAAUUUUAAAUUUGCAAUAAAAAGAGGACUCGAAGGAGUCGAAGCACUACUUAAAUUACGUGUCCAUGCCAUUUAUAUUUUUUACGUAUUUUUGGGAUCCAAUGCAAUUGGAUCGUGAAAUGAAUUUUUUUCGAGCAAAAGGAUUUACACAGUUUUUUACGACAAAAUUGGACAGUGCCAUGCUCUCCAGGUUUUAUAAAUCUCUUGACACGAAGGACAAUACGAAAUUUUUGAUACUGCAUUUUUAAUGAGUAUUGUAACCACUGUACAUUUGCCUUAGGUAUUACUGAUGUAAUUCCUAUUUUAAGUAUAUUUUGUAAUAUAUUUUGUAUUCUCGAAAAUAUAUAGAUAAUUGUAAAUUUUAUAGUUACGCGAUAUACUCAAAAUCAUGUCUUUUGUAUGUUGAAGAAAUUUAUAUUUUCGGUGUGAAUUGUAAAUAUAGACUGUUACUGUAAUAAAUGAAAUAAUU